CCCAAUUAAAUAGAGGUGCUACUUUCAUCUAGGUGCCGAUGCCGUCACCUGCUCGGAUUAUUUACAUUGACUUCACUCAACAGUCUUCAAGACAAGAAAAUGUCCUCGGGAUGACGAUUCCAGGCUCGACAUCUCCUGCAGCGAAGUACCUCAUGCUCCGGUACUCCAUCUCGUCCAGGACUAUGACCUAG